AUGCAACUGCAAGUGCCCCAAGAGACUAUUGCUGACCUCCAGACCAUCUCUGCUGCCCUCACACACCUUGUGGUCUCCGUGUCUCCGAUCGCUUCCCUCCUUUCGCCCCCCUUACAGGCACUCACCGCACUGCCCUGCACCAACGGCACGUGCCAGGUUCACUUUCCCAACGGAACAGUGAAGCUGCUGCAAGUGCCCCAGUCAGCUCUCGCUGACCUUCAGACCGCCUACGCGGCCCUCACACACCUCGUGGCGUCUGUGCCGGUGCUGAUUCAGAUUGCCAACUGCACCUAUGUGAAGGAGAUCUGCGAGUAUGCAUCAGGGCUAGCAAACGACAUGGAGAGGGAUUUCAACAUGCUGUGGUGGGGCUUCAUCGUCAUUUCAAUUGCCUCCAUGCUCCUCGCCCUCGCCCUCCCCAUCUACAUCUUCCCCCUGCCUGCCGGCGAGUCGGGCCUGUCUUCUCCUCCCCGCACGCUCAGCAAUCUCCCUGCUGCCAGUGGCUCGGCUGGUGCUGCUGAUGGGAUGUCUCAAAUGGAAGAUUUGCAGCUUGAGGAGGAACCAAAGGAACGAUCAUCACUCGCCAGCUUUUCGAAGCUAGCAAUGUCGUCAGCAACAGAGACUCCCGCAGAUGUCCAGCCACCUCGAAACCUGUCCGCUACGCCAGAAUUAGGACCCUUGUCGUCCAAAAUACUGCCGCACCUAUUCAAACUGUAUGGCUGCACCGCAAGAGAUGAGGAUUUUCAAAUUUACUCUCCAGACGCGAAAUUUGACGAUCCCCUAAUGUCAGCUCAUGGGUUGAAUCAGAUCAAGUCUGCAUUUUACUCCAUGCAAGUGCUUUUCCAAGAGGGGAGAAUUGUGGAGUACACGUUAGAGGAGACAUCAACUGGAGAUGGCUCAGGAUUAGUGGUCAUGGACAAUAAGCAGAAUUACAGGGUUUGGGGCAGACCUUUUGAUGUCGACUCGAGAAUCCAACUCAAGGUUGAAGGAGGGAAGGUGGUCCACCAUGAAGAUCUGUGGAACAAGAAGCCUUUGUGGUCGGAUCCUUCGAAUGGCUUUCUUGGAUGGCUGGGCUACGCUUGGAGACGAAGCAGAUCCAAACAGCUCUGGCGCCAUUUUGUGCAUCCGGGCGUUGUCUACCAUCAGCUGAAGUACCUGCUACUAAUCCAGACAGGCUCUUCCAUGCAAGCGGGACCAGAAACAUGCUGUGGGAGGAAAGAAAGGUGCACAGCCCACAAUCCUACCUUACCGUACAUUAACCACAAAGGGCGGCUACCGGUAGAUGGCGAUGGAUCACCAAAGAGUACUACCAUCAGAACAGGCUGCUUUAUACAGGCGGGGUGGAGGACGAUGCAGGGGCACAUCCGCCUGGUGGUUGCUGUGGAUAACCACCAGGUGGAGGAGGCGGGUAUCCCCCUGGGGGCGGAGGUGGGUAACCCCCUGGCGGGGGAGGAGGGUAGCCUCCUGGAGGGGGAGGGGGGUAACCACCUGGAGGGGGAGGGUACGGGUAACCACCCGGCGGAGCUCCUGUAA